AUGACCACGAAACCUAAAUGUUUGAUUCCGUACUGCAAUCGCCACGAUGCUGCAGACACAAUUGCGGAAUGGCGAGAAUUGGAAACUUCGAUGGAUUUACUCAAAGUGAGAUUCAAUGACCCGUUGGAUUUGGAAAAAUAUAUGAGAACCUCUCAAUUCGAGGCCCUGUGGGUUACAGAAGACAUAUUUGUGUUUCUAGGAGGACUAGAACGUUAUUACGAUCAUUUUCCCAAGACGCUACGGGCAAUCGUUGUUCCAUGGGUUGGAAUCGAUUUUAUUGACAAAUCCAAGCUGAAACAAGAGAAAAACAUUGUCUUGUGCAACAUUGGUCCCAAUGCGUCUGAGUACGUUUCUGAAAUUGCACUUCACUUGACGAUCAGUUGUUUUCGGUUGACGUCUUUCUGGGAACAUACUUUUAGAUCUGUCGAGCAGGGAAGUGUUAGUAGAUGCAGAGAUUAUAUUGGAGGGAAACUCGAGGGUGCCGACAAGUUUCCGUCGAAACUUGACAGCGAACAUGCCAAGAGUUUGAAUAUGGCUCAAGACUUCGUUGUAGGUGGUAAGAAAGUGGAAUCAUCUGGUCAGAAACAUGCUUUAGUACUUGGAUUUGGAUCCAUUGGCCAAGCAAUUGGUAAAAAAUUGUAUAAUGCUCUAGACAUGACUGUGCAUUAUUAUAAACGUUCGGGGCCAAUGUCUGCGGAAAAUCUGGGCUACAGUGCUAUUUUCCACGAUAGUCUGGAUGAUCCAGAGACUUGGCAUGAUGCUGACGUUAUAGUACUUGCUUUACCGUCUUCUGAAUCUACAAAUGAUCUUAUAAAUGAGGAAACCCUGGCACUUUGCAAAGACGGAGUUCGAAUAGUCAACGUGGGUCGCGGCUCAUGCGUUGAUGAAGAUGCACUUCUCAAGGCACUGGAUACCGGUAGAGUGACAAGCGCAGGAUUGGAUGUCUACAGAAACGAAGAAACGCAGAUUGACGGCAGAUUUUUAAAUCGGUGGGAUGUGACCUUGCUUCCACAUAUAGGCAGUGCAGUAACGGACAUUAUCGAGAAACAAACCAGAGUCACAUUACAAAAUCUGGAAAGUAUUUUCUUGAAGAACGAAGGAGGUGUGUAUCCUGUAAACUGA